AUGGCCGCUCCCACUUACACUCUCGCCGAGGGCGUCCCCUACGCGGAUCCGACAACCGCUCAGCACUUUGGCGGCAACUCAAUCAAGGGUCUGAUGCUGCUGCAAGACACGCAGCUGAUCGAGACUCUGGCGCACUUCAGCCGCGAGCGCAUCCCGGAACGUGUUGUCCACGCCCGAGCUGCCGGGGCCUUUGGCGAGUUCGAGGUUACCCAUGAUGUAUCUCAGCACACGUCCGCCAAGUUCCUCAGUGGCAUCGGGACGAAGUCAAAGGUUCUCCUUCGGGUGUCAACCGUUGGGCCCGAGCGAGGAAGCGCCGACACCGUGCGUGACGUUCGGGGUUGGGGCAUGAAGAUAUUCACGGAAGAGGGCAACCAGGAUUGGGUCUUCAACGAUAUUGUAAGCCGACAGCCCUUCUUCAGUCUCCUGAAGGUGAAACUGAUUAGACAGCCUGUGUUCUUCGUCCGUGACCCGAUCAAGUUUCCGUCUCUCAACCGUUCGCACAAGAGGAACCCACGCACAAACGUGACAGAUGCAACCAUGGCUGACCAUUCUAGUUUCCACAACAACAACCAGGAGGGUAUUCAUGCCCUCAUGCAUCUCUUUAGCGGCCGAGGCACCCCCAAGAGUAUCAGACACCUGAACUCUUACAGCGGACACACGUAUAAGCUUACGAAGGACGACGGCACAUUCCACUAUGUAAAAAUUCACAUCAAAACAAACCAGGGCGUCCAAAACUUGUCGCAAGACGAGGCGGUCAGGCUUGCCGGCGAGAACCCAGACUACCAUACCGCUGACCUAUACGGAGCUAUCGAAGCGGGCGACUUCCCUUCGUGGACAGUGUUCUUUCAGAUCAUGGAGCCCCAGGAUGCAGAGAAAUAUCGCUGGAACAUCUUUGACAUGACCAAAGUCUGGCCGCACUCCGACUACCCUCUAAUCCCUGUGGGCAAGCUCACACUCAACAAGAACCCUUCGAACUACUUUGCCGACAUUGAGCAGGCCGCAUUCUCCCCGUCCAACAUGGUCCGUGGAUUUGCGCCCUCUGCAGACCCCAUGCUCCAGGCCCGCAUGUUCGCUUACAACGACGCCGCCCGCUACCGACUCGGAGUCAACUACCAGCAGCUUCCCUGUAACCGGGCGGUAUCCCCCGUCUACUGCCCCUAUCAGCGAGACGGCUUCAUGACCUUUGGCGACAACUACGGAGCCGACCCGAACUACGUGCGGUCUGACUUGAAGCCGGUCAACUACGUCGGCAGUCAUGGCGCGAGCGGCUACGCAAUUGGUGGCCACGAGGACUGGGUGGGACACGUAUGCGGUUUCACCUCGGAAGUUGUCGACGACGACUUCGCGCAGGCUCGAGCCUUUUGGGAAGUCCUCGGCAAGCAGCCGGGAGAACAGGAGGCGCUGGUGCACAACGUCGCCCAGCACAUGGGUGGUGCAGCUCCAGCGGUGCACGAGAAAGCUUUCGGAAUUUUCGCCAGAGUUGAUCAGGACCUCGGGGAGAGAAUUCGUGCCGCGGUUCUCGGAGCCAAGCUGCGUUGA